AAGGGGACACAAAGGACACCGGGGACACAAGGCAAACAGGGGGCAGAGGAGACUCAAAGGGACACAGGGCACAAGGGACACAGAGGUCACAAAGGACCCAAGGGGACACAAGAGACACGCGGAAUAAAUGGGUCACAAGGGACCACAAAAACACAAGAGACACAGGGGACACAGGGGACACAGGGGACACAGGAAACUUAAGGAGACACAGGAGAAGCAAGGGACACAGCGGACACAAGGGACAAAGGGCACCCAAGGGACACAAUGGGAGACAUCGGACACCAGGAACACAAGGAGACAAAAGAGACACAGGGGACACAAGGGACCCACGAGACACAAGGGACACAAGGGACACAAGGGGACACAAUAGGACACAUGGGACACAAUGGGCACAAGGGAUAGAGAGGUCACAAGGGAUCCACAAGGACACAAGGGACACAAGAGACACGCGGGAUGCAUAAGACACGGGUGACACAAGGGACAAAGGAAAACACAAGAGACACAAGAAACACAGUGGACACAGGAAACUUUAGGAGACACAGGGGAAGCAAGAGACACAGCGGACACAGGGGUGACAAGGGACACAACGGGACAACAGGAACAAAGGGGACGCUACGGGAAAAUGGGACAGAGAGGACACAAUGGAUACAGGAGAUACAGGGCACACAAUGGGCUCAAGGGACACAAUGGGACACAUUAGACACAAGGGGUACAAAGGGACAAAAGGGACACAAGGGGACACAACAGACAAAGCAGACACAAGGGACACCAGAGACACAAAGGGACCCAAGGUACGCAGAGGACACAGGGAACCCAAAAGACACAAGGGACACAGAGGUUAGAAUGGAUCCGAGGGGACACAAAGGACACAAGAGGCAAACGGGAUACAUGGGACACUAGGGACACAGGAAAACACAAGAGACACAAGGGACACCGGGCAAACAGGGAACUUAAGGAGAAGCAAGGGAUACAGCGGACACGUGUGGACAGAAGGGACAAGGGGGACACAAUGGGGCACAUAGGACACAAGGGACCCAGGACACAGGAAACACAAGAGACACAGGGGUCGCAAGGGGACACAGGGAACACAAGGGACACAUGGGUGAUAAGGGGCACAAAGGGACAAAAGGGACACAAGAAGACACAACGGAAACAGGGGAUUCCAGGGACCCAAAGGACACAGGGGGCAAAAGGGACACAGGAGACAGAGGGGACAAAAUUGAAGACAAGGAACAUAGGCCACUCAGUGGACGCAAAGGGACACAGGGAACACAAGGGGCAAAGGAACUUCCAAGGGACACAAGGGAUACAGACGAAAACAAGGGACACAAAAGAAAACAAAGGACACAGGGGACAGAAGAGGAAACAAGGGACAAAAGGGGCACAGAGGACACAGGGGGACAAAGGGAUACGGGGAACAUAUGGAAAACAAGGGGACAGAGGGGACACAAGGGAAAAAAGAGGCACAAGGGACAUAGGGAACACAGAUAACACAGGGGACACAAGGGACACAGGUGACAAAGGGGUAACAGGGGACACAAAAGACACAGGUGACACAAAGCACACAAGAGGAAACAUGGGACACAAGGGACACAGGAGUGACAAGGGACACAAGUCGACAUAAGGGACACAGGGGACACAAAGGGAGACAGGGACAUAAUUGAAGACCAGGGAGACAGAGGACGCAGGGGACACACGGGGACACGUGAGACAAAGGGGACACAACGGACACAGGGGACACAAUAGACAAAAGGGACACAGGGAACCCAAGGAGAUACAGGAGUCACAAGUUACACAGGGGACACAAGGGACACAGCAGACACAAAGGACAUAGGAGACACAGGGGCACAAGGGACACAGAGGUCACAGGGACACAAAGGAGACAAGAGACACAGGGGACACAGGGUAACACAAUGGAGGCAGGGGACUUAGGGAACACAAGGGAGACAGGGGAGACAGGAGACACAAUCAACUCAAGGGGACACAUGGGACACAAGGGGACACCGGGUAUGCAAGGGUCACAAGGGACACAGGGGAGUUAUGGGACACGGGAGACUUAUGAGACACAGAAGACACAAGGGACGCAGCCAACACAGGCGACACAGGGGACACAACGGACACAAGGGACACAGGGAACACAGGGGACACACGGGUGGCAAUAAACAUAAGUUGACCCAAGGCACACACGGGACACAGAAGACACAAGGGUCACAGGGGACACAAGUAACAAAGGUGACCCAGGGGACACAGGGAACUCAAAGGGACACAGGGGACACAAGGGACACAACGGACACGGGGGACACAAAGGUACAAAAGGGACACAAGGGCACACAGGGAACGCAAAGGGAUGUAGGGGACACAAACGUACACCGGGGACACAAGAAUACAAGCGGAACACAAGGGGACAUAGGGAACUCAAGGGAUACAUGGGACACAAAGGGACACAGAGGACACAAAGGGACAAAGGUGGACACAAGGGGACACAGGGAAGACAAGAGACACAGGGCAGAGAAAGGGACACAGAGGACACAGGGGACACAAAGGGACACAGGGGACACAAGGGGACACAAGGGGACACAAGGGACACGGGGGGCACAGUGAA